GUCAGGACUUGGAGUGUGUUAGUUGUUAUUCUAAAGCGCGCGCGACCUGUUGAGUUUGUGUUAAAAUGUUUGCUGCUGAUUUGGGAGACAUUGAGCAGGUUUAUCGAGCUUUUCUGCAGCACCAGUGUGAUGAAGGCGUGCUGAGUUAUGCCCGGACACACGACGGUUUUCAGCUCUACGAGCAGCAGCAAUCCCCAAAAGCCUUUGCGUUUAGUUUUAAAGAAAAUAAUGGACAUCUUACCGCCUAACAUCCUGGAGGACGGAGACGACGAGAUUGAGAAGGAGAAGCUGAGCUCUGCCGGUGAUGAGGAGUCUUGCGGAGAUGGAGGAGGCGGAGGAUCCGGGGGCGUGGGCGGAGUUUCAGCUUCGCUCACUCCAACAAUCUGGGACAAGACCAUUCCAUACGACGGCGAGAACUUCCACCUGGAGUACAUGGACCUGGACGAGUUCCUGCUGGAGAACCAAAUACCUGCAGCCCUGGAGGAGGAGCUGCACAAGAGCCUGGAGCAGGAGGCUCAGGGUUCCCCCGCAGUCCCAGAAGUCUCAGGGUUUGUCCCUCAGGUGCCCGGGGAAACGGAGAAAGCUGCAGAAGUGCGGAAGAUAAAAGGGGAGGACGAGAAGGGUGAGAAUGGAAUAGCUGAGCUGCAGGUCAUGGGGCAUACCACAGAGCCUAAAGCAAAGCACGAGCGCACCACUCCGUCUCCCAUCAACCCAGAGGAGGUCGAGGUGAGUGUGAACUUCCAGCCAGACCCAGCAGACCUGGUGCUGUCCAGCAUUCCGGGAGGUGAGCUGUUUAACCCACGCAAACACCGCUUCUCUGAGGAGGAACUCAAACCGCAGCCUAUGAUCAAGAAAUCCAAGAAGGUGUUUGUUCCAGAGGACUCCAAGGAUGAGAAGUACUGGAUGAGGAGAAAGAAGAACAACGUAGCAGCGAAGCGUUCACGCGAUGCGCGCCGCCUGAAGGAGAACCAGAUCGCCGUGCGCGCCAAUUUCCUAGAGCGGGAGAACGCGGCGCUGCGGCAGGAAGUGGCCGAGCUCAGGAAGAACUGCAGCCGCUGCAAGAAGAUCAUGGCUCUAUACGAGUCCAAGUACGGCCCUCUGUAAGGACAGACCUCACCAAGACACACCGCAGGGUAUCAACAACCAACACAAGCUGCAAACUGUCCAGUAUACAUGUCCAGGAAUCAUGGGUAAAUUCAGGAGACCGAAUCGGGGUGGGGAUACUGACCUAAAGAGCAGCUCGCUCACACCGGUGUUGUUUCUUGUUUUAUUGGUUUUUUAAUGGUAGAUUUUAGGUUUUGUUUAACUGGCUGUGGAAUUUCAUCUGGAAACACUGGACCAAAGCAUGAAGCCCUUCUCUGCUCUCAUUUACACCUUUCACUUUCUGACUCCGUAGCAGGAAGUGACAUCACCUCGCACGAACGCGUGAUCCCGGUAGGCUUUCGCACGUAAACAUGCGAGCAGAACGAACGUACAGCUGUAGCGGAUCGAUCCGGACGAAAGAGUAGAGCUUUUCCACUCACGGCGAGUUCUACAGGUAGCUAACGUUAACGUUAUCCUUAGCGCUAUUUACUCCUCGUAGUAUCUUUUAUUUACUCCUCGUAUCUCGCGUUCGACCUCCUGCCUCUGAGGGUGAGGAUGUUUUGUAACAACACACUGAAGUUCUUUCGUAUAUCGAAAUUCUUUUCUAUAGAGACACAGCGACUGUUUUUUUUUUUUUUUGUUUGUUUGUUUUUUUUGUUUUUUUUUUUAGCUCAGCAGCAUCAGCAGCACGUCGUCGUUCGCCCCCUAGUGGACUAACAGAAAGCUGUUUUUCAGUAUAAUCUCUUUUAACAUCGAAAUCGGUCGACCGGCUUAGAAGCCUCAUCACACCAGUUUGUAGUCAGUAAACGAAUCAGUGUUCAUGUUUGGAAACGUGUGAGAAACACGUGUCAGAUUUCAACCAACCGAUUUUAGAAAUCCGAAAUCCUGGCCACGAUUCUCCGUCGCUGUGUUGUCAUGGUGAUUUAUAUAUAUAUAUUUUAAAUUUCCAUCUUUGUGAUAAGAAAAGGUGUGUGUGUGUGUGUGUGUGUGUGUGUGGCACAUGCUGAGAAACACAUUCUGUCCCACUUUCUCCUCUGGAGUGAAGCGCAUGCUCCAGCAUGACGUGAUGAUAUGUGAGGAGCGGGUUGAUUUAUUUAUUUACUCUGAGUAUGUGUGUGUGCGUGUGUGUGUGUGUGUGUGUGUGUGUGUGUGUUAACCGACCUGCGACUUCUACCGUCUUCAUCCUGACUUCUUAUUUGCGUGUUUUUGGCUUUGAAGAUAAGAAAAGGUGGUUUUCUUCCACAUACUAAAUAUCAGUCUUUUGGUUAUGAAGCUAUGAUGUCUUUUCUUCUCUCCACACACACACACACACACACACACACACACACAUGCAGUGGCGUAUUCUCAGAAUAAGGCAGGGACUGUUAUUCUUCCUGACGUCUGCAGUCUUUACCUGAUGCUGCCUUCUUCCCCUCUCUCUCUCUCUCUCUCUCUCUUUCUUUCUUUCUCCACAUCUUUACUAUUAAACAGCAUCAAGGAGAUUUUUACGAGACUUUCUGCAUGCCAUCUUUGUAAAUGCACCGGUCUUGAAAAUCCUCUUCUUCCAUCAUGUUACGGAUUUAAUCCACCUUCACUUUAGUGAUGAAUAACUUUUUGUUUGUUUUGUUUUCUAAGUGAUGCCUAAUGUUCUGUGUCUUGUUAGUGAUGUGAGCGCCGAGACUUUAAUAACACUGAUAAUAUAUCUGAUUUUUAAAAAAAAAAGAAGAAAAACAAGCAUAUAUCUAUAUUUUAAAAUAUUCUAUGUGAUGAAGAGUAUAAUCGAGUUGUCGUGCAGGGAUUUUUAAUCAUUAACUGUGAGCAGUGCAAUGGGUUUUUAUACCACGUACACGUCUAAUCUAAUUACUAAGGGGAGGUUUACAAUGAGGCUCUCCAACAGGGGGCGCUGUGUGGAAGCACAGACUAGAGGUCUUCUCGGGUCUACAGAAAUGUAACCCGACCUGAAGUGACCAGAAGCACUUUUUUUUACCCGAACCCGACGAGCAUAAUUUAUUUUAUUUUUUUAAUAAAAGACCCGACCCGAGACAAACCCGAAAAAAAUUAGACCCGAGUCCGACCCGACGGCAUUUUUUUUUUUAACCCGACUGGACCCGAAUGUUGCGUAACUCUACACUAAAGUAACCGCUACAGCGUGGAUUCAAAAUUGAUUGACAGGUCUGUUUCAACGUAAAGUAGCUUACUGCCAGCCACACGAUGUCACAAGCGGUCUUGGCAAACAGAGGAGAGGUUGGAAAAGGACUCGAGUCGAUGCACACACACGAGAUACAGUAGUUCGGGUCUUCUCGGGUCCGUUCGGUAAAAACACAUUCAUUUUAAAUUACCCGAGACCUGAUGCCGCUAUUAUUAUCCCCGACCCGUGUCCGAGGUACACAUGAAUCUUUUAGAACUCGGUCAGACCUCGGGUUUUCGGAUCUAAGUGGACCCGUGAAGACCUCUGAGACAGAACCCCAGUGAGAGAGCGAGAGCGUGCGAGAGCGUGCGAGUGUGAGAGAGAUCAUUAACACUGGAAUCUGUUUAAACUGAUUUAUUAGUUCUAGUUUGUUUCCUGCAUGCAUGCGUGGGGAUUUAUUUCCCUACCACCAGUGCAUUUGUUCUUACUACACAGGGUACUUAAAAUGCCUUCUCGAAUGCACGUAUACUUAAGGCCAAAAGUAUACACACCCCUGACCGUCACACCCACGCUCCGACAUCUAGCGGAAAUCCUUCAGAGGUUCUCGUGUGUGUGUGUGAGACGGUCAGGGUGCACAAACUUUUGCCUGUAUACUGUAUCUUAAUAUUAUUCAGUUACAUAGAGUCUGUGGGGGUUGUGAGCGUGUGUAUUAUAGCGUUAUAACCGCUUCUACAAGCUGGAAUCGUCAGAGAUUCGUAUAUACGACAGUCUAUUUUUUAAAAAAAAACAGAGUAAAGAAUCUAUAAGCUAUAAAACUUUUUAUUUUUGCUUCCUAAACCAUCUUCAAAAGAAGGUUAUAAACAAGAUGAUACAUGAACGAAGCACACGCUACACGGAUUAGUGGCCCUUGAGCGAGGUGAGAACAAAACCCCUGACGAGCAGGUCGACGAGUGAGCGACGGAACACACGGGGUUUAACACACAAGAGUCUCGAGUAGACGCAGAACUCAGAAAGGAGCAACAGAGUCUCGAAGCUCUCGGCUCACGUAGCGUCCGCUCGACGUCACGCUUUUAAAAAAAAAUAUAUAACUAUAUAUUUAUAUGGACGGAAACACGAUCGUGUGACAGAACGGUUGAGUUUAGCUGUGAAGCUUUACGUUUAAACUCGUGGUGAUGUUCGUACUCAGGACAUCCACCUGUUCACUGAAUCGUGCGAUAUGUAGCACUAACACUUUGUUUUGCCAAAACACUCCUCUUUGUUUAAAUAUUAUUAUUUAUUUUUUUUAAAGAAAUAAUUCUGAUCUUUUUUGUUUUGUUGUGAAAUGUUUUUUUCCCCCCUUUUUAAAGUGUUUGUAGUAAAAAUGUUCUGUAACGUCAGACGUCACGUACAAUAAAGUGGACUUUAAAUUCA